AUGAUAUGGAAUUCUAGGGGCACGGGCACGAAGACUUUUCCUAGCCUGGUGCAAGAACUGAAAAAACAUUUUUGUUUAGAUUUUUUGGCGUUACUUGAGACUAGAUCAGACAAGCUUAAAACAGAGAGACGGAUUGGUAGUCUUGGUUUUCAAGAAUACACCUUUAUUGAAGCCGAAGGGUACAGUGGUGGCAUUUGGUGUCUAUGGAAUGCAGGAGUUCGGCGGGUCGAGGUGCUAGAACGACAUAGGCAAUAUUUACACCUGUAUAUUGAAACCUCGAGAUUAGAGCAGUGGUUCAUGACUAUAGUUUAUGCUAGCCCGCACGUGAUGGGACGACAUAACCUAUGGAAUGCACUACAACAAUUAGAGAGUGGCAUUCAUGGUCCCUGGCUUCUUGGGGGAGACUUUAAUGCAACUAUUUUUCAGAAAGAAAGACGCACUACUGCUGUAAAUGGACUCAGCACGGACCGAGAAUUCAGUAACUGGUAUGAGACCUCAGGAGUUUCUGACCUUGGGCAUGUAGGGCCACUUUUUACUUGGAAGCGAGGGAACACAGAAGCUCGUCUGGACCGUGUCUUGGCAAAUGACGAAUGGUGUAGACUAUUUCCCAAUGCUCGUGUGUCUCACUUGCCAUUUUACAAAUCGGAUCAUCGCCCACUUCUUGUGCAGCUUGAUUUUAUUACAGAGAGACCAAAACGUCCUUUCCGGUUUAUUGCGGCCUGGGUAUUACAUGAUGACUUUAAACGCUUUGUUACUGACAAUUGGAAGACAGAAAGAGAGUGGAAGCAGAAUCUCCAUCAGUUCACGCAUGAAUGCUGCAGAUGGAAUAAAAAUGUUUUUGGGCACAUUGAGGGUCGAAAGAACAAACUGUUACGUCGGAUGGAUGGUGUUAAUAAAGCUUUAGAAAGAGGAAGAAAUAAGGGGCACUAUGAGGAUCUUCUUGCUCAAUUAUGGAAAGAUUUUGAGGAAGUGCUUGUUCAGGAGUCUCUCUUGUGGGCCCAGAAAGCACGUGUAGAGUGGUCUGUUUAUGGAGACAGAAACACGAGACUCUUCCAUUCUAGAGCCAACAAACGCCGCAAAGCAAAUAGAAUCGAUGCUAUCCGGAUAGAUGGAGGAGAGUGGUGUCAUGAUUUAGAGGUAAUUAAACAGGAAGCCACGAGAUUUUUUGCUUCAUUAUUUACCGAGGAAGCCAGAGUUCGUGCGGAGCUGCCUUGUGAACUUACGUACCCCACUAUUGAUGAGGUGAGCUUACAAAUAUGUGAUCGACCUAUAGAUGCGGUUGAAAUUAAAAAUGCUCUUUUAGUAUGGGGCCCCUGA